CGACACAACACCGGAGUUGCCUUGCAUGUUUCCUCACCUCUCCUCAAACCAGCAGCGCCACUAGUGUCUGUGUGUCUCCUGCACUAACUGACUACAGGCGGACUGAUGCAGUGAAGAUGCUGAACUCUGUUACAGUUGAUCCCGCUAGGAGAAGUGAGAGUGACUGGCAGGGUCUGGUCAGCGAGUUCCUGAUAUGCAAACGUAAGCUGGAGAGCAAGAAGGAGGCUCUUCUGAUUCUGUCCAAAGAGCUGGACACAUGCCAGCAGGAGAGAGACCAGUACAAGCUGAUGGCCAAUCAGCUCCGUGAGCGACAUCAAGGAUUAAAGAAAAAAUACAGGGAACUUAUUGAUGGGGAUCCUACACUGCCACCAGAGAAACGUAAUCAGGUAAAUCUGGCUCAGCUGUUGAGGGAUUCGCGGGAGAGGAGUAAGCAGUUGGCAGAUGAGGUGAAGGAGCUGACUCAGAGACUAACUGAGGCUCAGGGAGACAACAAGCUUUUGAGAAUGACCAUCACUAAACAGAGGCUUGGGGAUGAUGAAGUUGGGGUUCGGCAUUUCCCAGCUCAUGAGCGUGAGGAUUUGGUCAGGCAGCUGGAGGAGGCGGGACUGCAGAGAGCAGAGCUGGAGUACAAUCUGAAGGUGGUGAGUGAUGAGCUAGAGGAUGUGAAGGCUGAAAGAACUGUGUUCCAGGAGAAAGCUGACCGCCUCAACCUGGAGCUUAAUCAUAUACUGGGUGGUCGGGGUAAACGCAUUAUUGAUGUGGACGCACUUUGCAUGGAGAAUAGGUAUUUGCAUGAGAGGCUCAAACAAGUCCAAGAAGAAGUCAGUCUCUUGAAGACCAACAUAAUGAAAUACAAGACUGCCCUGGAUAGGAGAAAGAACGUUAAAACAAGUGGCACCUCUAACAGUGGUGCACUUACUGGAGUUCUGUCUGCCAAACAAGUUGAAGAUUUACUGUUUGAUGACGGCAGAUGCAGUCUUCCAGCCACACCUCAGUCUAUCUCUGACUUGAAGUCUCUGGCCACAGCCCUGCUGGAAACUAUUCAUGAAAAGAACCUGAUUAUUCAACAUCAACGCCAGACCAACAGGAUUCUGGGGAACCGAGUGGAGGAGCUGGAGAGAAAGCUGAAGACGCUGGAAGUAUCUGGGCUUUGGAGUCUGCCAGGAGGCAGGGAUGCCAUUACUCUGAGAGAAAGUCAGCGUGCCACCCCUCCUGUCUCUCUCGGCCUUCCCCUGCAACCUGUGCCCGCUGACUCCAGCAGUGCUCGGCCCCCCACAGAUGACAGGACAGGAAGUGGAGGGAUAUCAUCAUGGGAACAGGACACAGCUGGCGAUGACAGCUUCCUGAACGUGUGGCCGGGCUCCCGCCCCAGUCCAGAUGGAGGUGGAGACAAGGUGGAGACACCUGUCACCUCUGAGCAAGAGGAAGAGAUAGUCUCUGGUGGGCCGGAAAUCAUGAGGCAGGCGCAGGAGCAGCCAGGUGCUGAAAUAGAGGCCUGUCGUCGAGUUGAUCCUGAUGCGGAGCUGAGGAACAUCACAGAGCCGGGCCCUAUCGUGGAGCAGCGUCCUGUGGUGGAGGAAGGAGAGGUUGUAGAAGGGGACAGCAGCUUGAAUGUGGAGGAAGGUGAAGAUGCUGCAAUGUCAUUGGUUUCUCCUCUUUCUUACUGCUCGGAUGAUGCUCCAAGUCUAGGUUUAACGCGCAUCUUCUCUUAUGCUGAUGAACGAAACUUGUCUGAGGGCCUUAGCUGCCACAGCUUUGAAGAACUGUCCAGUGCAACUACUAAUCCUGCAGAUACUCUGUUAGAAAAGGUCUCAAGCUCUGCUUCUGUUGCCAAAGAGUCCAUCCAGCCAAACCAUUCACCUUGCUUACAGGAGUGGAACUUGGACCAUCAAUCAAAAAAGAUUGAUAGCUGCCAUAAUGAAAGUGUGGCUUAAACACUCUUUUUUCCAUACAUUAAUUAAGCAUAGCAUCUUCAAAAUGUGGCUUUUCAAUUCUUGUUUCACCAAUUGGCACAGGUUGAACUGUGUGAUUUAAUAGGGCAGCAUCAAAUCAUAAGUGCUUCUUAAAAAAAAGUGACCUCAAUUUGGUGGAGUAGACGAGAGGAAAUUUGGACCAUAGUUAAAAAGUGUGUUAAAGUAGGUGUAUUAAAUGAGCUACUCCUCUUGGGGUUGGUUUCCAGGACAUGGAUUAAGCCUGGUCUUGGACUGAAUUGCAGUGCCAGUUGUGGAUUGCCAUUGGCAGUUCUUUCUAGUCUAGGAUUAGCCUUAAUCUGUGUCUGGGGAAACCGACCCUAAUGAUUGUUGUGUUUGUGGGCUUUAGUUUUAUGCUUCUCAGUUCUUUUGGCAGUCCCUGACCUACUUUAUAAUUUAUUUCUAUUCUAUUAGUUGUAUUAUUAUUAUUAUAUUCCCUUUAUAUAGUUGAGUACAUUUUAAGUUCAGCUGAGUUCACAAGCAGUUACUCAUUAAUUUGAAAGGAUUCAUAUUGUCCUCAGUGGAAUGCUACUUCCUUGCAGGUAUUUUAAAAUGAAACAUGUGCUUUACAUACUGCAUUUCAGUGUUGCAUGUGUUUACAGUGUACAUCUACUGUAGUUAGACUUGUUACUUGAGGUCAGCAGUAUCCACCAUUCAGAACAAUCCAAGAAAACCUUCUUUGACAUUAAUUACAUAAAAUUUCUGUUAGAACAUCAUAAAGUCAAAUUACUGUUUCCUGCUGUUGUAUAUGCUUACACAUGAAUCUCUUCAUAAUCUAAUUUUCUCUCAUAAUACUGUACUAGUGCAACUCAAAAAAAUUUAAUAUCAUUGUAAAGUUACUUUAUUUCAGUAAUUCAGUUCAAAACGUGAAAAAUAUAUAUUAUAUAGAUGUAUUACACAAAAAGUGAUAUUUUAUCUGUUUAUUUAUUUUAUUGUUAAUGAUUAUGGCUUACAACCAAUAAAAACUUAAAAAUCAGUUUCUUUUGGCAGUGUGCCAAGUCCUGCUGGAAAAUGUAAUUGGCACCUCCAUAAAAGUUGUCAGCAGACGGAAGAAUGAAGUGCUUUACUGCACUGACUUUGUAUUUAAUUAAACACAGUGGACCAACACCAGCAGAUGACAUGUCUCUCCAAACAAUCACUGAUCAUCAAACUGCAAACUAAAACAAUUAUGCAAUAAAUAAACCUAAAGCUUCACAGUAAAUAAUAGACUACUUUUAAGACAGAACAGCCCUAUUAUCACGAUAUGGAUUUUUAAUAUCAUGAUAUUUCUGUGUCACGAUAUAUUGUAUACGAUAUAAUAUUGCCCACUCCUAGUCUGGAGGAAGAGUGGAGAGAGACACAGUCCAAGCUGCUUGAGAUCUAGAGUGAAGUUUUACAUCACAAUCAGUGAUUGUUUGGAGAGCAAUAGAGAGACACUGAUUUUUUUUUUUUUUUUGGCUGUACGCCUUAAUCAUCAACAAUAAAAUAAAUGCUUAAAAUAGUUCACUCUAUGUGUAAUACAUCUAUAUAUUAUAUGACUUUAAUAUUUUGAACUGAAUUACUAAAAUAAAGUAACUUUUUCAAUAAUAUUUCAUUUUUUUGAGAUGCACUAGUAUUUCAUCUGUUGUAUCAAUUGCAUUCUGAAUCACGCUAUGCUGAUGACAUUACACUGCUACUCAUGUGAUGUCUAAAGGGUGGGAGUUAGAACUUAACUUAUUAUAUCUAUAUUUUAACUGGGAAAAUCCACUACACAAAGCUUUGCUUGUGCAUGUGUGUGCCUUAUAUCCCAUAAAACAGACUUUCUCCUUCGAUGUAAUAGGCUGAUGGUUCCUCUGCCUUUCUGGCUCUUGUUAUAAGAGUCAGGUCAGAUAGAUUGUAUAGGAUGUGUAAAUAAACUUGAUACUGUAUA